GACGUAAAGUUGACGAAUUUGGAAGUGAAGGAGACGGCGUUGGAUGAGUUUGAUUUACCGAUAAAAUUGAAAUUCGGUUACCUGACGGAACUGGUACUGAAAAUUCCGUGGAGCGAUGUCUAUCGUCAACCAGUGAUCGCCAGCAUCCAAGGGUUAAAUCUAAUUGUUGUACCAAAUAAGGGCGUUGUGUAUAAUGAGAAAAAAGCGAAAAAGAUGGAGAAAGAUUUAAAAGAUCAGAUGCUGGCACGACUGGAAGAGAACAGGAAACGAAAAAGAAUUUACGAGUAG